CUUUCUCUCUCUCUCCCAGCUGGAGCUUCUCAUUCAGACAACAACCCGUGAUAAGGUUGUGCACACCAACACCAUGGAUGUGGCAGAGCCCAGUGUUCAGAUCUUUGAGCAGCCCAAACAGAGGGGCAUGCGCUUCAGGUACAAGUGCGAAGGCCGCUCUGCAGGCAGCAUCCCUGGAGAGAGGAGCUCUGACAACAACAGGUCAUACCCCACAAUACAGAUUCUGAACUACUGUGGGAAGGGCAAAGUGCGCGUUUCCCUGGUAACCAAGAACGAGCCCUUUAGGCCCCACCCCCAUGACUUGGUGGGCAAGGACUGCAAGGAGGGAUUCUACGAAGCUGAGUUUGGCCCAGAGCGCAAGGUCUUCGCCUUCCAGAAUCUGGGUAUCCAGUGUGUGAGGAGGAGAGAGGUAAAGGACUCCAUCGUGCAGAGGAUGACCAGAGGGAUCAACCCAUUCAAUGUGCCACGGGAGCAGCUGUUACAGACCGAGGAGUACGACCUGAACGUGGUGCGACUCUGUCUGCAGGUGUUCCUACAGGACGACAGCGGACACUACAACCGUGCGCUCAACCCCAUUGUCACAAACCCCAUCUAUGACAACAGGGCUCCGAACACGGCUGAGCUGCGUAUCUGUCGGGUCAACAGGAACAGUGGCUGUGUGAAGGGAGGAGACGAGAUCUUUCUGCUGUGUGAUAAAGUCCAGAAAGAUGACAUUGAGGUGCGUUUCUUCACUCCUGGCUGGGAGGCUAAGGGCUCCUUCUCCCAGGCUGACGUUCACCGCCAGGUGGCCAUCGUCUUUAAGAGCCCGCCCUACUACGACACUUCCAUCACCGGCCCGGUCACUGUGCACAUGCAGUUACGCCGUCCCACCGACCAGGAAGUCAGCGAGCCCAUGGAGUUCAGAUAUCUACCCGACGACAAGGAUCCCUAUGGUUGCCAGGAGAAGAAGAGGAGAAGAGAGCACCUGAUGAAAGCCUUACCCGGGUUCCUACCUUUAGGUGGAAUGAAUCCCAUGAACAGACCGAAGGCAGUACCACACAGUCCCAUGGCCCAGUCCAUGAGAAAAGACAUCAACAACAUGUACAUGAAACAGCCCUCUCCCGCUAUGAUGCGUCAAACCCCUCCUACCAUGUACAACCACGCCAACCAACAUUACCAACAACAUAGCCCUCAGCAGCGCACAAUGAUGACAUCCAUCAACCAGAUGUGGCCCCAACCCAACCCGACUUUGUCCCUGGAGACCAUCAGAAUUAACCCCUCGAGCACCGGUAGUAACCAGGGUAACGGUAUGCAGCAACAGCAGGUGAACCACUGUGUUACCUCUGGGUACCUUCAUGGAGGGGAGAGCAGCGGUAGUGGUAGCGGUGGUGGUGGUGGUAACAUCCUGCCCCAACUCACCAUGGGGGACCUGCAAUGUCUGGGUCUGGAGUCCAAUCUCCAGGGUCCUUCGGCCAGUCAUGCCCUGCCCGGUGGGCCUGAUCUCCAGCUCCACCACCAGCAGCCUCACCCCCAGCACCCUCACCAGCGGCAGCACUUCCAACAGCAUAGACAGCAGCAGCUCCACCAGAGGAAAGGGCCAUCCUUUACCCAGGGCAUGGGGAGCCAGGAAGGGCAGAUCCAGGGGAGUCAGACCCAGACCCUGGGCCUCCAGGCACCCUGGAACAACGGUGGCGAAGUGGGGUCCCUGGGGUUAGGCUUCCUCCUGGAUAGCGUGGAGAGUGAUGAGAUCAUCCAGGGCCUGGUGGGAGGAGGGGGCCCUCAGGCCACCUUCCAACUGAAGCAGGAGCCCCUAACUGGGGGACAGGAGGGCCAGAUGACCGCCUCUUGUUCCUUCUCCGCCUCGGACGGCCAGCAGCAGCAGUCGUACGCCAACCUCCUUCCCCGGCCUAUGAGUAACAGCAACGGCAUCACCAUGGAGACAGCAAGGCAUGAAAGCACCAAUAGCAACUCCAACAACAUCCAGGCCCUCAAGAACUUACAGAACCCCUUUACCCCAGCCAAUGGAAUGGGGCAAGAAGGUGCCCAUUUUGACUCCUUGGCUGCCUGGGCCUUUUUCACUCCACCGCAGUGACUUGGCACAUUCUCAGCCUGUGGGAAAUGCUUCUGGCAGUCUCAGUGAGCAAAUGCUUAGUCAUCUUGUCUGUGCAAGAAUGUGGUCAGAACUUGUGAACAGACAGAGAUAUUUUCAGGGCAAAGGUAACUCAACUGGCUAUAUGAAUAUGAUAUGAAUGUACUUUUUUUUUUAUAUCACUCAAUCAGUCUCAGAGUUAGAUGAGUUGAGUUCUCUGCCAACAGAAGUAAUCAAUGCUUUGUGGUUUUAACAUGAUGAAUAUGCUUUUGAGGAAAAGGCGGAUAAAGGUUAAGAUAAACACGUGAUAGUAUGUUUUUGUUAACACUUUACUUGAAGUGGGCUGUUAUAAUGGCCUUACUAACCCAUACAGAAGCAAGAAUGUCAUUACACCUUCCAUGAAAUGACCCCACAUCAUGUUGUUAGGUUAAAAAGAACACAUGGUUCACACCAUUCAAACCAAUGAGGGUUCAGAACUUUAAAGCCGACGAUCUCAGGAGGAUCUUUUAUCAGAUAGAACCUUGUAGUUCUAAUGUCCCGAUUCAACGGUCUACUGUUCCAUGUUCCGUGUUCCAUGUUCCGUGUUCCGUGUUCCGUGACAGUGUUAUGUUACAGUGUAAUGUUGGUCAUAGAGCCUCCAGAGUGGCCCGGUGGUCUAAGACACUGUUCUAGAUGUGCCACUAGAGAUCCUGGUUUGAGUCCAGGCUCUGUCGGCAGCCGGCCGCGACCGGGAGACCCAUGGGGCGGCGCACAAUUGGCCCAGCGUCGUCUGGGUUAGGGGAGGGUUUGGCCGGCUGGG